CAGUGUGGCAACAUCGAAACGCAGCUGUUAUGACGAAAAGCCAACUCAGCUAAUGUGAAGAAAUUUUUUAUACACAAAAAAAGUUUUGCACACAAACCAAACUACAAUUAAGGCCGCGGAUUAGUCUAAUUGAAUUGUAAACAGUGCAGAAAUAGAAAACAAUGCAAAAUGCGGCCAACAAACGCAAAUGCCCCUAUCAAGACGCUGUGGAGUGACUUGCCCCUCUACUUGGCCAUCGCCUUAACACUUUCCCUUUCAAGUCUUCCAACGACGUGGGCUUUGUCCGACAAAAGACUGUGCGCUGACGAAAAAUGUGAACAGAUCAUCUCAUUAGGUAGUGCUAAGAUCACUUAUGCAUCUGGAGGGAAUGGAAUGCUGUCAUUCAAGACUCAUUCACCGGUUCGCAUCAUGUCCAAAAGUGCCGGCAGCGAGCCUGAGCUGUGGGGCGUUGAGAUCAAUGGACGUCGAGGUUAUGCCAACAAGAACUACAUCAUGGAGAACAAAAUACUGAUCAAAGAUGGGGACCUCAAACAUGAAGUGCCUGUGGUUUGGCCACCCAAACCACCAGCAGCAGCAGAAGCAACGCCCGUCGCUCCAGUGGCAACGCCCGUCCCUCCAUCAGUGCUCAAUGCUUCCGAAACAAGUGAAGAUAUAGCAACAACAACCACUUCACCACUGGACACGCUCAAGCUGUCCAUUCUGACGGAGCAGGAGCAGAGCACCAGCGGCAGCAAUGAAGUGCCUUCACCCAUAACCCCUGUGCAGCCCAACUUACUGCUGGUUGAUGGUACGGAACUGCCGCUUGAGGCUGUGCCCGGCCUAACGGAACGAAACCAGAAUGCUUCCCAAGCGGAUGAAGUCAAAACGGCAACCCAGAGCAACAAUGCUGAGUUGGCAGAGGAUCUCACGACAAGCGACGACGAAUUCGACUACGAAGACGACGAAGAGAGUUUGAACGACGACGAAGACAACGACAACGAGGCGACGCUGGACAGCAAAGUCAACGACAAUCAAGACAACUCGAAAGUACAGAGCAAAGCAACUGCUGAGGCAACAACAACUGCAACGAAAGCAAGUCCAGCUGCAAUUGAAGCGAGCGCUGAGCUAGCAAAGGGAGUCAAUGAAGCUGAUAAGCAUCCACAAGGUGACCAAGCUCAGCCAGGAAUUGCUGCCAAGUCAAUCGAGGCUCCGCUGCUUGUAGAAACGCGCAACGUGAGCGCACUACCCGAACAGGCGCAGCUGCAGGAAGAGGCACGAGCUAAAGCAGCUGAAGGGUUGGGACAGAAAGAAAAAGAUCUAGAAAUUCAGUCUGCCUCAGAAGCCAGUAAAAUUGAUAAUAACAAUGUGAAUUUACAAAUCAUUGAACCAAACACUCAGGAAAAAGUCACCGCUGAUGCCUUACCCAGCCAAACAGAACCUGUAACUAAAGCAACAACUGAGCAGACGAUUGAAAUAGUGGAGCAAUUGGAAGAUGCAGCAAAAGUAAAUAGCAGCGACAUCUUGCUGGGAGGAGAAAUCAAAGCGGAACAGCUGCGAGAGCCACAACCAGAUGCUAAAUCAGCUCAGGCAAGUGGGAAAGAAGAUGUUAAAGUGGAUGUCAAGGCAGCAACUGCACCAAAGGUGGAAGAUGUCAUUGAGCCCAAUGAAGCAGCUCAGCAGCAAGGAAAAAUCGAUGCAGAAGGAGCACAGCUAAAGGCACAAGAGAUUGUGACUCCUGCAGUGCCACAAGCAGCAGUCGAUGAGGUCAGCUCAACGGCCAGCUCUAAUGAGCAGCCAGCAGUAGCGCCCAUUUUGCCAUCAUUAUUCAACCAGCAGCAUUUAAAUAACCCAAACGAAUACUACAAGCAGCUGCAGCAACAGCAACAACAACAGCCUCAGCAACAACAACCACCACAGGAACAGCAGCAGCAACAACCACAGCAGCAACCGCCACAGCAACAGCAGAAAGAGGUAGAAGAGCAACAGGAAAGCAAACAAAACGAACAGGAAAAGCUACAGAAAGAGCAGCAGCAACAACUGCAGAAGGAGGAGCAACUGCGGCAGCAGAAACAGGAGGAAGAGGAGUAUGAAAAAUUGAGACAAAAGGAGGAGGAAGAACGACAAAGGGAGGAAGCACAACGACAACAGAAGUUAAAAGAGCAGCAGGAGGAGCAGGAGAAGCUGCGACUGCAGGUGGAGGAACAGCGAAAGGAACAGUUGCGAAAACAAGAACAACAGCGCCAACAGUUGCAGCAGGAGCGAGAACAGCAACAGCGAGAACUGCAGGAGGAGCUGAAACGUCAGCGCGAGAAGCAAAAGCAACAGCAACGGCAACAGGAGCACGUACAGCACACCACGCCAUCUGCAAGCGCAUUCGAUAAUCCCUAUGAUGCUGUGUAUCAGGCGGAGCCAACUGCAGCGCCAGCAGUUGCAACUGGUUCGGUGGAGCCAAUGGGCCUGCCGGCAGUGCCCGCCGAGACGCCCAAAGAAGAGGCUGCACCCGGAGUGGGGCUAUUUGGCACCAUUAUGAAUACUGUCAACUCAUUCAUAUCCAACGAACAUCACAAUGAACCCAAGACCGAGUCGCUAACGGGCAGCGAUGAGCUGCAUCGCUUGCUUUAUCCAGAUGCGCCAACUUCAAAGGAAGAUUCCUUAUCUGAGGGCUAUUGCACGCGUCCUUCGGACUCCAACUGCCAUGCCUCCGUUAGCCUGGACAACUUUGUGGAGGUGUUGGCCGCGAAAGUGCUGGACCACAGCCUGUUGUUGCUUUGCGUGGUCAUCGCGGCUGCCUCGUCGCUGUUCUUCCUGUUCACCUACUAUUGUUUCUGCAACAGCAGCCAGGAGGGCGCGCUGCUGUCCAAGCUGAAUCAUCUGGAGCGCAGUUUGUUGGCGGCACACAAGGAGAACCUCAUCAUAAAGCACGAUCUGAUGACGACGCGCACCAAACUGUCCAGCAUUGAGGAUAACUCCUUUGGAUCAAAUGAUAUGGUGGCGGCUUUGAAGAAACAACUCGAAGCGGAACUCUAUGAGAAGGCGCAACUGCAGGAGCAGGUUAGCUCCCUGGAGAAGGAUUUGGAUAAUGCAGCCGAAGCUGGCUUGGAGUUGAAUAAAAUGCUGUCCGAGGUUUUGAAUAGCCAGAAUGGCGAUGAGGCUUUCAUGAACACCGUCGAUGAGCUGCAGCGACAGCUUAACGAUCAAGAAAAGAUCAUCAUUGACAUCAAUGCCAGCUUGGCUGAGAAGAGUCGCGAGAACAGCGAAUUGCAAUAUUCGUAUACGGAAUCCACGACACGCUUGAACAGCGAAAUGAAGUCGCUGCAGCAGGAUAACUACGAGCUGGAAAUGGAGAAGUCCAAGCUGCAGACACGGCUUGAGGAAAUCCAGGUGGAAUCCCAACUGGAGCUGGCCAAGGCUCUGGAGGCGCGUAACUUUGAGAUGCAGCGGCUGCAGAAACAGAUAAUGGAACUGAAUGCCAAAUACGAUAAGGAGCAUAGUGAACUGCAGACUAGCCUGGCCAAAAUCGAGGCGCUGGAAGAGUGCUUGAAGUCGAUCAAGAAGGAUGGCAACGCCAAUGUCAAGGAGCUAAUAUCAACGGCCAAAUUGCGUGGCGAACUCAAUGCGCUGCAGCAGAAGUUCAAAGCGCUACAGACCAAAUUGGAGCAGGAGAUGGAGAACAAGGCGCGGCUCGAGAGCCAGCUGGAGGCAUCCAGCGCAGACGUGGAGCAGCUCAAACAGGACUUCAAUCAGUCCGAACGCGACAAGCUGGAGGCGCAAACACGCCUCGAAGUGCUCUCUGGCUACUUCCGGGAGAAGGAAACGCAACUGCAAAAAGAGCUCAGUUUGCAGGAGUCCAAGUGGUUGCAGCACCAGGGCGAAAAUGCCAGCACUGUGGAGACGCUAACGCUGAUGAAGAACGAAAUUCAGCUGUUGAAAUCUCAAAACGAUGAGCUGCGGGCCGAGAUUGAGGCGCAGAUUGCCUCCCACAAGGCGCAGAUGGGCACGCUGGAGAAUCGUGCACACGAAUCGUGGCUGGCGGCGCGUCAGGCCGAUCGGCGGCGGGAGGAGGCGCAGGCUGAAGCCGCCGGCUAUCGGCGUCAGAUGACAGCCAUGGCCAGCGGAGUGGGCGAUGUGGCGGCGGAUGUAUUGGCCACCAAUGGUGGACUGGGCGCGCCGGAGCAGGCAAACGCUCCAUCGCCGGUGCCAUUGCCGCUGCCCUUGCCGGGCUCGCCGGGGCUGCUCAACAUGCCCAACCCACUGCCAUUCCUGCCGGCGCCCUUCUCGCCGUUCAUGGGGCUGCCGCCAUUCUUGCCACCACCAGUGGUUGCUGGCGGUGCACGCCCGCCUCCGCUCGGCCGCAUGCGCUCGCCGCCGCCGACGUCGUCGUCCCGGGAUCGCUAUUCGCCGCAACGCGACGACCGAGACGACUACAGCGAUGAUGAUGACUACUACGACGAUGAUGAUGACGAGCGCGGCACGGAUCGCCACAGGCGACACAGCGGCAGCUGGGGCCGCCCACGCCGCGACUCGUACAGGCAGUCGCCGCGCACGUAUCGCUCGCUGUCGCCAUCGGACAGCCGCUACAAUUACAAUGAGACGGAAACAGACUUCAGUCCGCCGCCCAGCCCAACUCCCCCGCGCAAGAACAGCUCACGCACCGUCAGCGAAGUUUGAAGCAUCAAAGGCGGCACCGAGUACUUCACGAGUAGUGGACAAACGCAUCCUAACCUAUAAUGUGCGAGUAGUUGCAGAAACUCAAAACUAGUGCAAAUCUAUGUAUAUUUAUUAUUGAUCAUCGGAUUAACUACGACUUAGGGGGACUCACACACUUAUACACAAACACAAACACACACACACUCACACGAUUCCCACAUUUCGAGAGAGACAUUAUCAAAUCUAACAUCAAAUCAAUGGCUCAAUGAGAAAAAUGAUAUCAAAUUCAAAACUAUAAAAAAUAAACC